UCCACCUCCACUUGCAACACUUUGACUACGUCAGCACCCAGCCCUCGCGCCUCGCAACAUGGCCGCGGCCAUGUCUGCAAAGCGGCCUCGCGCCCUAACGAACGGCAUAGACUCAGUGGGCGGCGUUGGGCACAAUGGUCGCAGCAAACGGCCACGACAGUCCCUGCCAGAUGAGAAUGAACGAUCCGCAAGCGAUGAAAAUUCGAACGCCAGCGACGAAGAUGAGCGAGAUGCUGCUCGUGAGAACGACCAGAUGAUCUGGGCAACACAACAGGUCCAGAAGGAUUUUGGGGCAACAAAAAACCAGCAGAACGUGCCGGCUGAAUGCGGCAUCAUUGAAGAGAUUCGAUGUGUCAACUUCAUGUGUCAUGUCAACCUAGUCAUCGCCUUAGGACCUUUGAUUAAUUUCAUCAUUGGACACAAUGGUAGCGGAAAGAGUGCAGUCCUCACAGCUCUCCAGAUUUGCCUUGGUGGCAAGGCGACAGCUACGAAUCGUGCACAGAACCUCAAGAGCUUGAUCAAAGAAGGAGAGAGCCAUAGUAGCGUACGUGUACGGAUCAAGAAUGAGGGCUCGCUGGCGUUCAAACCACACGAAUAUGGCAAGUCGAUAUCUGUCGAGAGACAUUUUAGCACCAACGGAACCUCAGGUUUCAAGUUGAGGGACGAGAACGACAAGGUCGUCACCACGAAGAAAUCAGAACUCGAGGAUAUCCUGGAUGCAUUCUCCAUGCAGAUUGACAACCCAAUGAACGUGCUCACUCAAGACAUGGCAAGACAAUUUCUCAACCACUCUACCCCGAAGGACAAGUACAAGUUCUUUCUGGCAGGCACACAACUCGAGACUCUCCAUCGAGACUACCAACAGAUCGAAACUUCAUUGGAUACGAUGAACAGUCGAGAAGAGAUCACCAAAGAAAUCAUUGCUAGCAAACGCAAGGAGAUGGACAUGUGGUGGGCCAAGGCCCAAAGCGCGCAACGUCUUGAGGUGAUGCGCAAAAGAGAGCGCGAGCUCACAGAACAAGCAGCUUGGGCCAAAGUUGAAGAGGAGGAGGCAGAAUUGGCGGAGGCCGAGGCUGAAAUUAGAAAACUGGAUGCUCUCAUCGAGAAGAGGACCACCGAGGCGGAUGAGGCAUCUUUCGCUUUCGAACGUGCAGAUGCAGCCGUAACAGGUGCACAAGAGGACGUUACCGAGACAACGACCCAGAUGGAGCCAAAGCAGCAAGCAGUACAGAAAUGUAAAGACAGGUUCCAGGCCGUGAGACAGGAGAUGCUCAACCUGCAGUCUGAUGAAAGAAGAGCUCAAAGCGACAUCAAGAUGAAGAGGAAGCAGGUCGCUGAUUACAAUGCUGAGAUAGCGCGACUCCGGCAACGACAAGCCGAGGCGGACGAUGGCAUCUACGCUGAGAAGCAGCGUGAGCUCGAAAUAGCCAGACAAGAAUGCGAGCAGAAGACGGAGGCAUAUACGGCGCACGGCACAAGUCUUCCGGAACUUCGGAAUCAAUUGAGAGAUGCACAGAAAGAGAAAGAGAGGGCGGAUCAGGCGAUCACAGCUGCUAGGAACAACGAAAGACGCAUCAAGUCAACUAUCGAUACCCUCAAAGGAGAGCGUCGUGACUGGACGUCUGCAUAUCAGCAAUCUGACAAGUUGCUCAAGCUACUCCAAGCCAUCAGAAACGACAACAGAUUUCGAGAACCACCCAUCGGUCCGCUAGGGCGCCACGUCAAGCUGGUAAAUGCAGACUGGGGUUACAUACUGGAAAAGCAAUUUGGCUCAGCUUUGAAUGGCUUCGUCGUCACCAGCAAACCAGAUCAGACUAUCCUGGCUGAAUUGAUGAGGAGAUCCGGAUGGCAAUCGCCGAUCUUCAUAGGAAGCAAGAACCGCAUCGACACUUCUCGGCACGAACCCGAUCCUUCUCUGCUGACUUGGAUGAGGGCACUCAAGAUUGAUAACGAUCUUGUAAAGAACCAGUUCAUCAUAAACCAGGGCUUCGAGCAAACAGUGCUUAUCGAGAACUCCGAUGAAGGCGCGCAGUUCAUGGCAAUGCGGGGCCCGUUGAGCAACAAUGUGAAGAUGUGCUUUACACUCUCCAAUGGCGACAAGAGGCGCGGCCGAGUAAUAAAUUACACGGGAGCCGGCGGUAUCAAUAACAGUCCGAUCGACGAAUAUAGAGGGCAAUUGCGCAUGCAUGUUGACAAGGAAGCCCAGAUUCGGCAAGAAGAAGAGCAACUUCAACUCGCUGAGCAGGCAACGCGUGAUGCCCAGCAGGAGUCUAAGAGGCUUCUGGAACACGUCAACGCUUGCAGAGCUCGUGAAGCAAACCGUUCUCGUCUCGGAAAACAGCUGCAACACGCGCUCCAGAAAGCUCAAGAUCGCAUGGAAACCCUCGAGGCAGAAUUAAGCGAUGCAACUCCGGAUGCAGCUGCCAUCGAAGUGCUCGAAGACCAGUUAAGAACUGCCAGUGAGGACCAGAAACGAUGUGAAGAGGUGUAUGAAGACAUGGUCGUGAAGAAGAUGGAUUUGGGCAAUGACAAUGCCACCAACAAAAAAGAGCUCGACACUGCGCAAGCAGAACUCGAGGGCCUAAAGUUCAAGCUCGGCAAAGCCCAGGCGAAGGUCAGGACAAUGCAGAGCAAGCGGGAAGAUGCCCUCAGAGCUAAGAACAAGGCGCUGGACUCAAUCAAAGCCGUCGAGGACAACAAAAAGUUGUGGGAAGAUGAACGAGUCAGCAAACAGGCCGAGGUGGAUAAGAUCGCCGCUGAAGCCAGGUCAAUUGCACCCGACCGCGUUGCAGUGCCGGAAGGCAAAUCGUCCGACGAUCUGAUUACGACGCUCAACAAGCUCCAAAAGACAAGACAGGAUACCGAGAGGGAGCUGGGAGGGUCACAACAGGACCUCUUAGCAAAAGCUAAUGCGGCAAAGCUUGCGCAUAAGGAGGCCGUCGAUGAGCAUAAGAGCACCAGUGGCAUCAAGAACUAUCUCAACAGAACUUUACAACACCGAAAUAUGCGGUGGAAACAGUUCCGCUCUGGGAUUUCGGUGCGCGCUCGCGUUACAUUCGGUUACCUGCUCAGUGAACGCAAGUUCCGCGGUACGCUCCACAUCGACCACAAGAACCAGGCCCUUGACAUUCACGUCCAACCUGACAGCACGGAGAAGUCCGGUGACGGACGACAGACCAAGACGCUCUCUGGCGGCGAGAAGUCGUUCUCCACGGUUUGUCUCUUGCUCUCGCUUUGGGAUGCUAUGGGUUCGCCCAUCCGCUGCCUCGACGAGUUCGAUGUCUUCAUGGACAGUGUCAACCGUGACAGGAGUAUGAACAUGAUUAUCGCAGCAGCUCGACGCUCUAUUGGGAGGCAGUUCAUCUUCAUCACGCCGCAGUCGAUGAACAACGUUCGGCAAGACUCGGACGUCAAGAUUAUUCGCAUGACUGACCCUGAGCGUGGUCAGACAGCACUCAACUUCUCACGAGCGUAGGAGGCGGAAUCUAGGACGCAGCGUUUUUGCGGGAUCCUUCGUUGAACAUUGAUAGCGAGGCGCAUAUGGAUGGUUAUUUGUGAGUUUCUUGAAGUUAUACCCCUUCGGCGUUGGAGUCCCCGGAUCUGCAUCAUGGUGGUGCUCAAAGUGGCAUGGGGUGCCUUCGGUCGAACUUCAGGACGCGGAUCAUGCGCGUUGCACAGCGUCUAGCUUUAGGAGUACUCUUGAAAAUGAUGCAAUGAAGUUUGAAGCUCUCGCACAAAGCGUCU